UCAAGUUCUCUCACUUCACUAUAAUCAUAGAUAAUACACUUAUACUAUAAUAAAGCGGUGACGUUUUGACUUUUGGUUCAACAUUUAGUUUUUUAUCCAAAGUUUAUAGUUAUUUCUAUUUCAAUUAAGUUAAAGUGGUUAAAGAGAACUGAACAACAACACAUUAAGAAAUUAACUAGGCGAUGAGGCAUAGAAUAUGGUUGCGUACUGUCAGUACAGUUCUGAAUCCGAAAAUGAGAAGUCACACGUACAUUGAUACUCUGGGCUCUGCCAGAAUAAUGGCAAGAGUCCUCGACGGUAAAGCAUUAGCGAAAGAGAUAAAAGCGGAAUUAAAAAUCAAAAUCCACAACUGGGUUUCAUCCGGUCAACGAGCUCCAUCUCUCCGUUGCAUUAUUGUUGGUGAAGAUCCAGCAAGUCAUACAUAUGUAAAGAACAAAAUUGCAGCAGCAAUCGAAAUUGGGAUAGAAGCACAGACUCUCAAAUACGAUGAAAAUUUAACAGAAGAGGCCUUAAUAACAGCUAUUGAGUUGCUGAAUGAAGAUACCACAGUCGAUGGGAUAUUAGUUCAACUACCCUUGCCGAAUAAUAUUGACGAGAGAAGGGUGUGUAAUGCCGUAGCUCCUGAGAAGGAUGUCGAUGGAUUUCAUAUAACAAAUGUUGGGCAGUUGUGUUUGGAUAUGCCGACUAUAGUUCCAGCUACUGCGCUGGCUGUUAUAGAGAUGCUAAAAAGGUUUAAGAUCGAAACAUUCGGUCGCAACGCGGUCGUCGUGGGACGCUCUAAGAACGUGGGCUUGCCGAUAGCUAUGAUGUUACACAGUGACAAGAACCACGACAGCGGACUGGGCAUGGACGCGACUGUGACUGUAUGUCACAGGUAUACUCCGCCAGAACUGCUGCAGCAGCAUUGUCGCAAUGCUGAUAUUAUAGUCACAGCUACUGGUGUACCUAACCUCAUAAAGGCCGAUAUGAUUAAGCCCGGGGCUACAGUAAUUGAUGUGGGGAUCACGAGGAUCACCGACGAGCAAGGCAAGACGAAACUAGUGGGCGACGUGGAUUAUGACGAAACGGCUUUCAUUAAAACAUGACACUGGAUUGGCACCGCCUUCAAACUGAUCAGAAGGUAGCACAUAGGUAAGAUGUUAUUUUUUGCUUUUUAGUUUAGGUUAAUUUUAGAGUUGGAAGUCGGUUGAAUUUUUUUUAUUAAAAUUUUAAUUUUUUAAUUUUUAGUGUUAGCACACCUAACUGAGUGUGAACAAAAAUUAAUGAGCAAUUAGUUGAAACGUUAUUUUCUUAUGAUAAGUAUCUAAGUCCUACAAUCCCAAUUUUAAAAAUACUACCUUAACUAAUGUACAAAAUUUCACACCCCCUUUAUCCACACGUAAUAUGAAUAUUCAGAAAAACGUGAAAGGUGACUGUCCUCUGUCUUCAUCACCAGACCCCCUAUGCAGUCACAAUCCAUAUGGGUGGAAAGUUCUCAUCAAUAUAAAAUUUAUCAAGUCCAAACACAAGGUAGCUACUGUGAACCGUCGAGGAGUUCCCUUAACUAUUCUUCGUCUUCAUCACCAGACCUCUAAUACAGUCACAACCCAUCUAGGUGGAAAGUUCUCAUCAAUACAAAUUUAUCAAGUCCAAACACAAGGUAGCUACUGUGAACCGUCGAGGAGUUCUCUUCACUGUCCUUUGUCUUCAUCAUCAGACCCUUAAUACAGUCACAACCCAUCUAGGUGGAAAGUUUUCAUCAAUACAAAUAAAUCAAGCCCAAACAAAAGGUACCUGCUUUAAAUCGUUGACGAGUUCCAUCGUCUGUGUAUCAGCUCCAUCAUCAGACCAACUCCAGACCUUCAUAAAAUUGUAGUGGUUCAAAAUACCUUAUGGAAACACUAACAAACGCACUAGCCGUCCCUACAAUUUUUGAAAGUUCCUCUCGAUUUCUCCAGGAUGCCAUCAUCAGAUCCUGACAUGAAAAAAAUGGGACCACCCUGGAAUCAAACCCUUCAAAACAAAAAAAGAAUUUUCAAAAUCGGUCCACAAAUGACGGAAUUAUCGCCGGACAUACAUAAAAAAAAAAAAAAAAAAAAACAUACAUACAGCCGAACGUAGAACCUCCUCCUUUUUGGAAGUCGGUUAAAAAUGGGAUUUUUUGAAAAUUAAUCUGACAUUAUGAAUUAGACUUAAAUUGUGUUAUAGCAAAACAUUCCACUGAAUUUUGGUUGUUACAUUCAUUUGUAUUGUUAGGAAAAUUGUUCUAUUAUUGUAUAAGAAAUUACUCUAUAGAUAUUCUAUUUUCGGAAGACAUUUUAUCUUUGGAUGUAGUAGUAAGGUUGCACAAACACGUUUGUAUGUUUAAACUAGCCGACGCCCCGCGUAGUUCCCGUUCCCGCGAGAAAACAGGGAUAAAAUGCACUUUAUGACACUCAAAUAUAAUGUGGCUUACUGUUGGUAAUCAAAUUUUCAAAAUCGAUAGAUUAGAGUAGAUCCAGAGUUUACCCCUUACAAUAACAAAAAAACUUUACCUCUUUAUUAUAUUAGUAUAGGCUAGAGGAAAGUCAACACAACAGAAACGCUUUGUAGAAAAUUCAGUGUCAUACAGGCUGUGUCAUAUCGAGACCCGUUUACCGAAAAACUGUUACUUAUCAAUUUCACUGACAAAAAAUAAUUUAUAAAACAUGUUUGUUUUGCUGACUCUCCUUCAGUUUCACACAAGUGCCACCCUACCACUAUAACCAAAACCAUUUUCCGAUAAUAGAGUAUACACAUUUUAUACUUAUCUGGGGUCGAAAAUAUGACAUUUUUAAAAAUGCAUCGAAUAUGUCAAACUUAACACUCACUCGUGUAAGAAAAUGUUGAUUUUGUCUCUUAUUUUUUGUAUUAUGAAAAUCUUUACAACAAAGUAAAUAAAUAGCAUUUUUACUUAUAUUAUAAAAAUAA